CUCCGGUCCCGCCCCCGCGCGCCCUCGCCAGUGUCGACACGGCGUGCACAGAAGGUGGGAGUCACUCGGAGCUCUUCCACAGGUCCGCCCGCGGGAGCGUCGAACGCACGUGUGGUCUCUCUUCUCGUGUUGCUAAGCAAAGAAGCAUUCCGUACGACAGUUCAACUCAGCAGUAUAGCCGCUGCCAGAGGUACGACUACAACUACACUCAGCACCUCUCAAGCCUGGAUCCGCUGAGCCUGAUGGGAGGGGGUGGCACGGUGACCCCCCCAAGUAGUGCCAAGGUGGUGCCUUGCGACCAAGGAUGGCACUACGAUCUUCCGAAAUACUCCACGUCGAUUGUCUCCGACGUGUGGGCGGCGCCCGGCGUUCUUCAUUUACCUGGUGAUCGAAUGCGCCUUCGGGAUCGCCACCGCCUUCGCGCCGACAUUCGCCUGGUGGCUCGUGUGCCGCGUGGGCGUCGGCUUCACCGUGCCUGCCAUCAUGUCCACGCCCAUGGUGCUUGCCAUCGAGCUCGUGGGUCCGUCCAAGAGAACCUAUACCACCGUCAUCAUGAACGUGGCCUACUCCUGCACGCUCAUCCUCCUGGCCGGGGUGGCGUACCUGGUGCGAGACUGGGCUCAGCUGGCGCUCGCGACGACCAUCCCCUUCCUCGCCUUCUUCUGCUUCUGGUGGGUGCUGCCCGAGUCCCCCAGGUGGCUGCUCGCGAACGGCCGCCUGGCGGAGGCCGAGAAGAUCAUGGAGAAGAUGGCGAGGGUCAACGGCAAGCCUCUGUCGCCGAAUUACAUGGCCAAUUUUAGGCGGAAGUUCGAAGUGGAAAAGUACAUGUCGGGGCGGGAGGACGAGACGCCACAGAAGUCGUACGGUGUGUUGGAUCUCUUCAAGACGCCAAACCUUUGUCGUAAAACACUCAUCAUCACUUUCAUCUGGUUCACAAACACCUCCGUUUACGUCGGCCUGUCCUACUACGCCCCUGCGCUGGGGGGCGACGCCUACCUCAACUUCUUCCUGGCGGGUGUGGCUGAGCUGCCCACCUACCUGUUCCUGUGGCCGUCCAUGGAGUACUGGGGCCGCCGCUGGACUCUGUGUUUCUCGAUGGUCGUCGGCGGCAGCGCCUGCGUGGCGACGGUCGUCACGCAAGACGACCCCCUAGUGACGCUGGUGCUGUACUGCGUGGGGAAGUUCGGGAUCUCGUCGAGCUUCGUGGUGCUGCCGCUGAUGGCCUCCGAGCUGUACCCGACGGUGGUGCGCGGGAUGGGCCUCUCCGUGUCGGCCGUCGCGGGCAUGGUCGGGCCCAUCGUCAUUCCGCUCAUCAACCACCUCGGCUCCGAGAUGAUGGUUCUCCCGCUGAUCAUCAUGGGCGUCCUGCUGAACCUGGGCGGCGUGUUCUCCCUGAUGCUGCCGGAGACGCUGCAUCAGCACCUGCCUCAGAGCCUGCACGAAGGGGAACAGUUCGGCAAGUACUGGACUAUGGCAGACUACUGCACGUGCUGCCCCAAGAGGCCGAGCCGCGCGCACAGCACAGGGAGCAAGGUGUCCCCCUCCGGCAAUGUGUUCGGAGACAGCGGCAGGUCCUCCCAAGGGGCCGAGGAGCUGCACGCCGCCACCACCCUGCUGCCUCAGCGCCACCAGCAGGAUGGGCGGCAGGAGAAUUCGACGAAGGCGAGCACCCUCGGCAGGAACGGCUUGCCUCCCGGGGACAGUGAGGAGCGACCGCAGUCGAGGAUGUCUCUGGAUGACUCCUGCAGGAGGCGCCAGGGAGGGGCGUCUGCCGGCGACGAGGGCGAGGAGGGCGCGGGGGAAAAGCAGACGCUCGUGACCGGCAGUAGGAAGGUCACCGUCGUCUAAUUCUCUUAAAAUUCACACUCGCACUACGCGAAGCAAGUUUAUGAAAAAAAGAAGAAAAGGGAAAAAAGGUUUACAGCUUAAAACAGAACGUAAUAAGAUUAAUUAUCAUCAUUACCUCUCGACAUGAACUGAAUAGUCAUCAGUCCUCUCUCUGCAAGUUAGCGGUAAAUAGUGAGCUUUCGGGGUCGAAGGGAAAGAAGGGAGAAUGGGGCUGUGCGCUGUGCGAGAGGGGACGGAAGCAAAGCGUGGUAAGGGUUACAAGAGAAGAGAUUUGUGUGCAAAGUGAAUUUAAAAGAAAACACACACACACACACACA